UGACUUCGGACGACGCAGCCGGACGCGGGGGUACUCUCAUUUCUCUUCCUCCUCCAUUGUUUAAAUUCUCCCCCGGCCGAACACGACUCACUUUGAACAAUCUUUUCUCCCCAGAUUCUUUCCCUCUCUUCUCUCUCUCUACAUUUUCUCUCUUGCGUAAUUUAUCUCCCUGUAGAGAGAGGGAACCACCACCCAACAGAGGGCAAUGAAUAAGCACCAGGAUCAACGCUCAAGAUCUGCCAAACCUACCACAAUUCACGGCUGCGCGCAGUCCGGAGAUCUCCCGCUCUUCCAGAGACUACUCAGAGACAACCCAGCUCUUCUUAACGAGAGGAACCCUGUGAUGGCACAGACACCACUUCAUGUUUCUGCUGGCUACAACCAGGUUGAAAUAGUCAAGUUUCUGCUUGACCAUCCAGGAUCAGAAAAAGUUGAAUUGGAAGCCAAGAACAUGUAUGGGGAAACUCCAUUACACAUGGCAGCCAAGAAUGGGUGCAAUGAAGCUGCACGGCUACUUCUUGCCCAUGGUGCUUUUGUUGAAGCCAAAGCUAAUAAUGGCAUGACACCAUUACACCUUGCUGUUUGGUACUCAAUUCGAUCUGAAGACUGCUCAACUGUCAAGACACUGCUCGAGAACAAUGCUGAUUGCAGUGCUAAGGACAAUGAAGGAAUGACUCCUUUAAAUCAUCUAUCUAAAGGACCGGGAAGUAAAAAGUUGCAAGAACUACUUCACAGGCAUCUGGAAGAGCAGAGGAAAAGAAAAGCGCUCGAAGCAUGCAGUGAGACACAAGCUAAGAUGGAUCAGCUUGAAAAAGAACUAUCAAAGAUUGUGGGGUUGCAUGAUCUCAAGGCACAACUUCGGAAAUGGGCCAAGGGGAUGCUUAUGGAUGAGAGGCGAAGGGCCCUUGGGCUAAAUGUUGGUGCUAGAAGACCUCCUCAUAUGGCAUUCCUAGGCAAUCCUGGAACAGGCAAGACUAUGGUGGCUCGAGUUCUUGGAAAGUUGCUCCAUAUGGUUGGAAUUUUACCUACUGACAAGGUAACGGAAGUGCAGCGGACAGAUUUGGUGGGUGAAUUUGUUGGUCACACUGGACCAAAGACAAGAAGAAAGAUAAAAGAAGCUGAGGGAGGAAUCCUUUUUGUGGAUGAAGCAUAUCGGUUAAUACCCAUGCAGAAAGCAGAUGACAAGGACUACGGUUUGGAAGCCUUGGAGGAGAUCAUGUCUGUGAUGGACAGUGGAAAAGUUGUCGUCAUAUUUGCUGGCUAUAGUGAGCCAAUGAAGCGUGUAAUUGCUUCUAAUGAAGGCUUCUGCAGAAGAGUAACAAAGUUUUUCCAUUUUACCGACUUCAAUUCUGAAGAGCUAGCCAAUAUCCUCCUUAUCAAGAUGAAUAAUCUAACAGAGGAUAGCUUGUUGUAUGGAUUCAAGUUACAUUCGUCUUGCAAUGUGGAUGCCAUUGCAUCAUUGAUACAGAGAAAAACAACUGAGAAGCAGCGAAAGGAGAUGAAUGGAGGUUUAGUGGACCCAACCCUUGUCAACGCCAGGGAGAACCUAGAUAUUCGACUCAGUUUUGAUUGUAUAGAUGCAGAUGAGCUGCGAACAAUUACCUUAGAGGAUUUAGAAGCAGGUCUCCAACUUCUUACGCAAUGAGAGGCCCUCGUUAAGAUCUGGAAGGAAAAGCUUGUAUUAACUCAUCAACAUGGUAACUUCCAUUUAAUUAAAGCUAGAAAGCAACAUCUUUUUUCUAUUCAUCUUUUCUCAGUUUCAACAUGGGUUCAGUUGCAAGUUGCCGAAAGCUUGGUGGGUUCAAAAUCUUAGGAGAUUGUUUUUUGUAGCCAGGUUCAUUUAAUAUUGUCCUUAAGCAGCCAAGGGGUGUGACCCUGAUUCUUCUCAUCCGUCCAUUAAAUUGAUUGAUAACUUACAAGAGAUUUUAAGGGCUCUGUGAUUCUUUGUCCAAAACAAUUGGUCCGCAGGUCUAGUGUGUAUCUGCUCUGUAAGUCAAUAAUUAAUUAGGUUGAUCCGUAUUUGAUUUAUUAUGUAUCUUGGUCUUGGAGUUGAAUAAACAAAUAGGUAAUUUCCAUAUUGGGAUUCA